AUCCAGGAUCACGCGGACCAAGUAGCAUUAUGCACGUUCGCUAGCUUUUUGGAUAGCGGUUGACAUUUGAAAUAUGCUGGCAGUUGAAAUCUGAAAAGCGCUGAGAGCUCCUACUACAUUAUACACGGAAAAUAUGACAAUAUGAGUGCAACCAGUCACCGACAUAGUACAGACGACCCUAAUACCAUGGCUGAAAACAUGCCCACAGAUCUAGAGGCACCUGUAGACCGGCGCGUAAGUUCAGUCCAAGCUGUGAAGGAGACCAUGAAGGAGAAGCAGGCUAGGUACAAAGAGGCAAGGGAAGCUCGAAAGAGGCUUCUUAACCAUGGACACAAGUACAUCUUUGAGACGUUAGCUGUCAGUCUAUCCCUCAAACUACAAACAGUGGAAGAUUUUUUUUUAGAUGCUCCUUCUUUGGCCCCAUUUGAGGAUUUUUUUGCCAGAGGAGGAAGUAAAACAAUUGCAUUUGCCUACCAAGAGACAGAAGUCCCAGGAAUAGAGUGUGGGCGCACCUUUCCUGGAACUGCAGAAGGAGCCUUAAUGUUGAGACUGUUUGUAGCCGAUUUGUCUGAGAUCUGGCUAACUGGAUUGUGCCUGUUCUUUUUACGAACUGACACUGAUGUUCCAGUCAACCUAAAAAACAUACAUGAUGAGAUUUCCUUUUCUAUGCUUGAUGCCACUGAGGGUCUAUUGAAAGGAACUAGGGAUCUUUUGUCAAAGGUUAUGUUGCCAGCCAUCUGUGCAGCAGAUGAUUGGGGUGCCUUGAAUGAGUCCAAACAUGGAGAGAAGGUUAAAGAAAACUUCAAAGAUUCAAUCACCAGCUAUAUUAAUUUCCUAGAUGGAAUGCAAGCAUGCAUUGAAGGCACUGUUCAGCUGAAGACAGCCUCAAACAUUGACUUCUCCAGCUUGGGUUCUUUUGAUAACAUUAUGGCUGCAGCAGCAGAUGUUGAUAUGGUGCAUCAACUUGAGGAAACGUUGAUGAUGUGGUACAAACAGAUUGAGCAGGUCCUUACAGAGUGUGAUCAAGUGAGAAAAGAGGCUGAUGACUCUGGUCCUUUGACUGAGUUGGAGCACUGGAAGAGAAUGUCAGCCAAGUUCAGCUCCAUCAUUGAGCACUUUAAGGGAACCGAGUGCAAGGCCGUGGUCAGUGUACUCUAUAUCAACCACUCCAAGACUCUAAAGGUGUGGAGAGAGCUUGAUGCCAGAAUAACUGGCUGUGCUAACGAGGCAAAGGACAACUUAAAAUACCUAUAUUCACUUGAAAAAUUCUGCCAACCACUAUAUACCUGUGACCCGGUAGCCAUGGCAAAGAGCAUCCAGAACCUUAUCAACACCAUUCAAAUGAUCCAUAGUGCCUCACGAUAUUACAAUACACCUGAACGAAUUACUUCCCUUUUUAUCAAAGUUACAAAUCAGAUGGUGACAGCUUGCAGAGAAUACAUUACUGACCGCGGCACCUCUGGAAUUUGGGAACAGGAUACACAGGACAUUAUCAAAAAGAUACAGGAAUGUAUCUACUUGUUUCGGGAGUAUAAGUCCUCCUUCCAUAAAACAAAAAAACGAACCCUGGAGAGGCUUGGGGAGAAACCAUUUAAGGUGUCAGAGAUGUACAUCUUCAGCAAGUUUGAGAGUUUCUGCAAGAGACUGGAGAAGAUCACUCAGAUUAUUACAGCAGUGAAGACCUUUUCUGUCAUGGGAAAGUCGAAGAUCGAGGGGAUAAACAUUCUAUCUUCCAAGUUCCAGAACAUACAUUUGACCAUGAAGAAAAAGCAGUAUGACAUUUUGGACCACAGAAAAGCUGAGUUUGAGGUCGACUUUGCUGAGUUCAUGGCUCAGAUAAGCAACCUUGAGAACCAGCUCAAAAUGUUCCUGAAUUCUUGUUUCUCCAAAAUCCUCUCAUCCCAGCAUGCCUUGUUUCUUCUGCAAAGAUUUCAGAAACUGAACAUACCCUGUCUAACAACAGAAAUCUCAAGCACAGUUGGGCUUAUUCUUCAACAUUAUGCCUCAGAGCUGGAUUCGGUGAAAAAUUCCUACCAAAUGAACAGACAGGACCCUCCGCUGGCCAGGAACAUGCCUCCUAUUGCCGGCAGAAUCAUCUGGGUCAGACACCUCUACAGGAGAAUAGAGGAACCCAUACACUACAUGGAGAAAAACACAGAGCUCCUGUCUAGUCCAGAGGGAAAGCAAGUGAUCAGAAAGUACAACCAUACCGCUGCAGUGUUUGUGGAAUUUGAGCUUCUCUAUCACAGGGCCUGGUUGAGGGAGGUUUCACAGCUCCAAUUCAUUCUACAAACAACAGUGUUGGUUCACCACCCGAACACAAGAAAACUACUUGUCAACUUCGAUCCUAAAAUCACAGAGAUAAUCAGAGAGACAAAGUGCAUGCUGAAGAUGAGCCUGGAGGUUCCAAAUAAUGCUUUGCAGUUGGUCCACAUCGAGGAGUCAUUGAAAGACUACAAAUUUAGACUAGAGACUUUACUGUGCGACUAUGAGGCAACCUGUGAGGAAAUACCUGCAAUUUUCUAUAACCUGAUGGCGCCUAAGAUAAAAAAUGUUGAGUCUGUGCUUCGCAAUGGCUUGGUAUUUCUCACCUGGGGAUCUUGCCUCUUGGACAGCUUUUUUGAAAAUGCGGACACAGCCUUGUCUGAGCUUAACCGUUUCCUAAAGAAGGUACAAGACAUCUGUGACAUGCACAUUGAUGCCGUCCUUCAAGACAUCUCAGAAACUGUGUUAAUCAAUCUGCCAGAAGACAGGCCCUCGACACUGCAAGGCCUCAUCAGCACCAACGAGAAACAGUCCAUGGAGUGGGCAGACAUUUUGGACCACAAAAGCAGACACGUCGAAGAGGCAGUGAAGGAGUUGAUGGACACAUUCAGUGCUAUUUACAUGUCAAAAAAAGUCACAAAACCUGUGGUUGAGGUUGUUAAAGAUCAGAAGAAAGUUGCAUUCUCAGAAGACACUGACACCUCCACAGAGGACAAUCAUAGUGAUGACAAAGAAGCUGAGAAAGAAAAUGACUUUGAGAAGGAGUGCAAAGAGAUGUAUGCCUACUUCAGCAUCAAGCUACAUGAUGCCCUUGUCAAAGCGACUCGAUUGUCUCUGGACACUUUGACCAAAAGGAUCUUCAUUGCGACCUUGUCAGCAAAAAAAGGACGUUUCAGCCAAUCACAGCAAAAUACUGAGGAUCUGGUGACUUUAAUCAAUUCUGAAGUUCAUUUGACCAUACCCCGUGUAGUGAUGGUGCCCAGUUUGGAUGACAUUCAGCAGGCCAUCAACCGUCUGGUCCAGCUGGUGCUGGAGGUGAGCCGGGGAGUGGUCCGCUGGGGACAGGAGCGUCACCAGAACGACAAGCCUAAACCUGGCAAAGGAAAGCUGAAGAAUUUCUAUCAGAGCGUAGCUGAGCACAAAGACAUCUGCAAGCUGGUGUCCCAUCUCACAUCAGCAGUCAACUCCUUGAGGACACAGGCCAGUGAUGUUCUCAAGCAGUUUCAUCCUUUCAACGUGCUCUGGGCCGAGGACAGACGGCUCAAGGUCAAGGAGUUCAUGGAUCGCAACCCCGACCUGACACAGAUGAAGUCUGAAAUUCUGCACUACGUGGGGUUUGAACAGGAGAUUGAUGAAAUUAAGCCUACCAUUAUUUUAGGCUCCAUUGAAUUGUCAACAGCUCCAUUGAAGAUGUCUCUUACAUUGGAGUCAAAGGCCUGGAAGAAACUAUUGUGUAAGUACCUGAAAGAGGAGUACAAAAAGAAAAUGAUGGACGUCAUGACUUUCACUGGAGAACACCUGAAAAAGCUCUCCAGGCCUAUUGCGGAUCUGGAGGAUGUUCGUUUUGCCAUGGAUGCCCUGUCUAAAAUACGAGAGUCUGAGAUCAUGAUAGACCUGGCCUUAGGACCCAUUGAGGAAGCUUAUGGGAUCCUGAAUAGAUUUGAAGUGGUGGUGACAAAAGAGGAAGCAGAGGGGGUAGACACUCUCAGAUACUCCUUCAUCAAACUGCAGUCCAAAGCGAGAUCAGUGCAAGACGAGCUGGUUCGUUUGCAGCCUAAGUUCAAACAGAGCCUGUUGGAAUCAGUAAUCAUUUUCCAGGAGGAUGUUUUGAUGUUUGCAGACCAGUAUGAACGGGAGGGCCCAAUGGUACCAGGGAUUGCUCCUAAAGAGGCCAGCACCAGGCUGUGGAUCUGCCAGACCAGAUUUGAUGACCUCUGGAGGAAAUUCAUCACCUACUCAUCAGGAGAACAGCUCUUUGGACUGCCAGUCACAGAUUAUGAGCCUCUGCAAAAAACAAGGAAAGAGCUGAGUCUACUCCAGAAGCUGUAUGGACUUUAUGACACUGUGAUGAGCAAAAUUAGUGGAUACUAUGAAAUUAUGUGGACAGAUGUGGACAUUGAGCAUAUCAACUCAGAGCUGUUGGACUUUCAGAAUAGGUGUCGCAAGCUACCCAAAGGCUUGAAGGACUGGCAGGCAUACUUGGACCUGAAGAAGAGGAUUGACGAUUUCAGUGAGUCCUGCCUCCUGCUGGAGAUGAUGGCCAACAAGGCCAUGAAGCAGAGGCACUGGGACCGCAUCGCUAACCUGACAGGCCACAAGUUUGAUGUGGGCUCAGAGACUUUUGCCCUUCAGAACGUCAUGGAGGCAAACCUGUUAAAAUACAGGGAGGACAUUGAGGAUAUCUGCAUCUCUGCAGUGAAGGAAAAGGACAUUGAGGCAAAGCUGGCCCACAUAGAUGAUGUGUGGUACUGCCAGUCUUUCAGCUUCAUGACCUUCAAGGGCCGAGGAGAGUUGCUGCUGAAAGGGGGAGAGACAUCCGAGAUAGUGGCUACUCUGGAGGACAGUCUGAUGCUGCUGGGCUCAUUGCUGAGCAACAGAUACAAUACUCCAUUCAAGAAAGACAUCCAGGAGUGGGUCUUCAACCUGUCCACUUCUUCUGACAUCAUUGAGCAGUGGCUUAUCGUCCAGAACCUGUGGGUUUAUUUGGAGGCUGUGUUUGUGGGAGGAGACAUUGCCAAACAACUGCCACAGGAAGCCAAGCGCUUCCAGAACAUUGACAAGACGUGGAUCAGGAUCAUGCAGCGUUCCCAUGAGAUCCCUAAUGUUGUUCAUUGCUGCGUGUGGGAUGAGUAUAUGGGCCAUCUGCUGCCUCACUUGCAAGAGCAGCUGGAGCUCUGCCAGAAAUCUCUCACUGGGUACCUGGAGAAAAGGCGACUAAAGUUCCCCAGGUUUUUCUUUGUGUCUGAUCCCUCGCUUUUGGAAAUACUAGGACAAGCUAGCGAUCCGCACACAAUUCAGCCACAUCUUCUUGGAGUUUUUGACAAUGUCAACGAGGUUGAAUUCCACGCCAAAGAUUACGACAAGAUUGUGGCUGUUAUUUCACAAGAGGGGGAGAAAGUUCUGCUGGACCACCCAGUGAUGGCGAGGGGACCAGUGGAGUUGUGGUUGGGAGAGCUGCAGAUGCAGCAACAGUCCUCUCUGCACUCUGUCAUCAAGGCUGCCGACCGCCAGAUCAACGACUCAGGCUUUCAGCUCCUCAACUUCCUCAACAUGUACCAAGCACAAGUGGGCUUGCUUGGCAUCCAGAUGCUGUGGACUCGGGACUCGGAGGAGGCUCUGCGCAACGCCAAAGACGACAAGAAGAUCAUGCCAAACACAAACCUGAAGUUCUUGAAUCUGCUCAACACACUUAUUUCCCAGACCACCCAUGACCUGACCAAGUUUGAUCGUAUUAAGUUUGAAACGCUCGUCACAAUCCAAGUGCACCAAAGGGACAUCUUCAAUGACCUAGUCAAAAUGCGCAUCAAGGCAACCAAUGACUUUGAAUGGCUGAAGCAGAGCAGGUUCUACUUCAAGGAGGACUUGGAUCAUGUCCUAGUUUCCAUUACUGACGUAGACUUUAUUUACCAGAAUGAAUUCCUGGGCUGCACUGACCGUCUAGUCAUCACCCCUCUAACAGACAGGUGCUACAUCACACUGUCCCAGGCUCUGGGGAUGAGCAUGGGGGGUGCCCCAGCUGGACCUGCCGGUACUGGGAAGACUGAGACCACUAAAGACAUGGGCCGCUGCCUAGGGAAGUAUGUGGUGGUUUUCAACUGCUCCGAUCAGAUGGACUUCAGAGGACUUGGCAGGAUCUACAAAGGCCUCGCCCAAUCCGGCUCCUGGGGCUGCUUUGAUGAGUUCAACAGAAUCAACUUGCCCGUACUGUCUGUAGCAGCACAGCAGAUCUACAUAGUUCUGAAAGCCCGCAAGGACCGCAGAACACAGUUCAUCUUUACCGAUGGAGAUGUAGUCAGUUUGAACCCAGAAUUUGGGCUGUUUAUCACCAUGAACCCUGGUUAUGCUGGUCGUCAGGAGCUGCCGGAGAACCUGAAGGUUCAGUUCAGGACUGUGUCCAUGAUGGUGCCAGACAGACAGAUCAUCAUGAGGGUGAAAUUGGCGAGCUGCGGUUUCAUUGAAAAUGUUAUAUUGGCCCAGAAGUUCUUUGUGCUCUACAAACUAUGCGAGGAGCAACUGACAAAGCAGGUCCACUAUGAUUUUGGUCUGAGGAACAUCCUGUCUGUGUUGAGAACUCUGGGGGCCAACAAGAGAGCCCGCCCUCAAGACACUGAGUCCAGCAUUGUAAUGAGAGUGCUGCGCGACAUGAACCUUUCCAAACUGGUGGAUGAGGACGAGCCUCUAUUUCUCAGUCUGAUUAGUGAUCUGUUCCCGGGUGUCCAGCUGGAUGGAAGCACCAACGCUGAGCUACAGGUUGCAGUAGCCAACCAGGUGGUGCAGGCAGGCCUUGUCAACCACCCUCCGUGGAACCUCAAACUUGUUCAGCUUUACGAGUCAUCGCGUGUGCGUCAUGGCCUGAUGACGCUAGGCCCCAGUGGGGCUGGCAAGACAGCGGCCAUCAACAUCCUGAUGAGGGCUUUAAGCGAGUGUGGAGCUCCCCACAGGGAAAUGAGGAUGAACCCAAAAGCCAUUACUGCCCCCCAGAUGUUCGGGCGUCUGGACCCUGCCACCAACGACUGGACUGAUGGCGUCUUUUCCACGUUGUGGAGAAAGACUCUGAAAGCCAAGAAGGGAGAGUUCAUCUGGAUUGUUUUAGACGGGCCUGUGGAUGCCAUCUGGAUUGAGAACCUCAACUCCGUGUUGGAUGACAACAAGACCCUAACCCUGGCCAACGGUGACAGGAUUGUUAUGUCCCCGGCCUGUAAGCUGGUGUUUGAGGUGCACAACAUGGACAAUGCCUCCCCGGCCACUGUGUCCCGCGUGGGGAUGGUCUUCAUGAGCUCCUCGGCUCUCAGCUGGAGGCCCAUACUGCAGGGGUGGGCUUACAAACGCAGUGCAGCAGAAGCAGACAAAAUUAUGAUUCUGUAUGAUAAAAUCUUUGAGGAUGCCUACGUACACUUGAAGCAAAGCCUCAAGCCCAAAAUGGAGCUUCUGGAGUGCAACUACAUAAUGCAGUCAGUGAACCUGCUUGAGGGCCUGAUCCCUGCCAAGGAGGCCGGGGGCCUAGUCAGCCACAUGCAGUUGGAUCGUCUCUUUGUCUUCUGCCUAAUGUGGAGUCUGGGAGCCCUGCUGGAGCUGGAGGACAGAGAAAAGCUGGAGGCCUUCCUCAGGGCCCACGAAAGCAAGGUGGAUAUUCCCCGCACGCGACCAGGCGAGACCAUGUUUGAGUACAUGGUCAACCAGAAGGGGGAAUGGGACCAUUGGAAUAACUAUGUGGUGGAGUAUGUCUAUCCUGCUGACUAUGUGCCAGAUUACCCCUCUAUUCUGGUGCCCAAUGUGGACAACACCAGAACCAGUUACCUGUUGGAGACUAUUGCGAAACAGCGCAAGGCCGUUUUACUUAUCGGUGAACAAGGAACUGCCAAGACAGUGAUGAUCAAAGGCUACACCAAGAAGUAUAAUCCUGAGACAGACCUAUCUAAAUCACUGAACUUCUCUUCUGCUACUGAGCCUAAAAUGUUCCAGAGAACAGUGGAGAGCUAUAUUGAGAAGCGAAUGGGCAGCACCUAUGGACCUCCUGGAGGACGUAGAAUGACCAUCUUUGUGGAUGACAUCAACAUGCCCAUUGUCAAUGAGUGGGGUGACCAGAUCACAAACGAGAUAGUCCGUCAGAUGAUGGAGAUGUCUGGCAUGUAUAGUCUGGACAAGCCAGGAGACUUCACCACCAUUGUGGAUGUGCAAAUGCUGGCUGCUAUGAUUCACCCUGGUGGAGGCAGGAACGACAUCCCCCAAAGACUGAAGAGACAGUUCACCGUGUUUAACUGUACCCUGCCGUCCGACAUCUCCAUCGACAAAAUCUUUGGCGUUAUGGGCUGUGGAUACUUCCACGAAUGCAGGGAUUUCAAGCCAGAGAUUUCUGAAAUGGUGAAAUAUCUGGUGUCUGCUGGUAGGAUCCUGUGGCAGUGGACGAAGGUGAAGAUGCUGCCCACACCUUCAAAGUUCCACUACAUCUUCAACUUGAGAGACUUGUCACGGAUCUGGCAGGGCAUGCUCAGCAUCAAGGCAGAUGAGUGUGACGAUAUCCCCACUCUGCUGGCUCUGUUCAAAUGUGAAUGCACCAGGGUGAUUGCAGACAGGUUUGUCUGCUUGGAGGACAAGGUGUGGUUUGAGAAAACCAUAUGCAGGGUAAUCCAGGAACACGUGGACCCCAGCCUGGUUCCUGACAUCCACCCUGACCCAUACUUUGUGGACUUCCUGAGAGAUGCUCCUGAGCCAACAGGAGAGGAGGCAGAUGACUUUUGUUUGGAUGCUCCCAAAGUUUACGAAAUGUUGCCCAGUUUUGACUUCCUGUGUGAGAAGCUGGUUAUCUAUCAGAGACAGUACAACGAGGGGGUUAGAGGGGCCAGCCUGGACCUUGUGUUCUUCAAUGACGCCAUGACUCACCUCAUCAAGAUCUCACGUAUCAUCCAGACAGACUGUGGCAACGCUCUGCUUGUGGGAGUCGGAGGAUCAGGAAAACAGAGCCUCACCCGCCUGUCUUCCUUUAUCGCCGGAUACAGUAUAUUCCAGAUUACCCUGACCAGGACAUACAACAUCAACAACCUAAUGGACGACCUGAAAGUCCUGUACAGGACAGCCGGGGUGGACGGCAAAGGCAUCACCUUGAUCUUCACAGACAAUGAAAUUAAGGACGAGGCCUUCCUGGAGUACCUCAACAACGUGCUGUCGUCUGGGGAGGUGUCAAACCUGUUUGCCCGUGACGAGCUGGACGUGAUCACUCAGAACCUAAUCAGUGUGAUGAAGAAAGAGCUGCCUCGUGUCCCACCCUCCUUUGACAACCUUUAUGACUACUUCAUCUCCCGUGCCAGGAAGAACCUGCAUGUGGUACUCUGCUUCUCUCCGGUUGGUGAGAAGUUCCGCUCUCGCUCCCUGAAGUUCCCAGGUCUGAUCUCAGGCUGUACUAUGGACUGGUUCACUCCCUGGCCCAGUGAAGCUCUGGAAGCUGUGUCUCAGCACUUCCUUUCUGACUUUCAUAUGGGGUGCUUACCCGAGGUCAAAGCUGCAGUGGUAUCGGCCAUGGCCGUCUACCAUGACAAAGUGUCGAUCACCAGCGAGACCUACUUUGACAGGUUUCGAAGGAGAACUCACGUGACCCCAAAAUCGUACCUGUCUUUCAUCAAUGGAUACAAAAUAGUAUACAGUGAAAAAUACAAAUGUAUCAACACGCUGGCUGAGCGCAUGAAUGUUGGUCUAACAAAAUUAUUGGAAGCGAGUGACUCUGUGGCUCAGCUGUCCAAAGACUUGGUGGUGAAGGAGAAAGAGCUGGCUGUAGCCUCUGUCAAGGCAUCCAAGGUGCUUGCUGAGGUGACGAUAAGUGCAGGGGCAGCCGUCGCCGUAAAAGCCGAGGUCCAGGUGGUGAAGGACAAAGCCCUCCAGAUUGUGGAGGACAUUGACUCAGAGAAAGCCUUAGCCGAGAUCAAGCUUAUAGCGGCUAAACCAGCUUUAGAGGAGGCCGAAGCCGCUCUGAAUACCAUUAAAGCGGCUGAUAUAUCCACAGUAAGGAAGCUGGCCAAACCACCUCACCUCAUCAUGAGGAUUAUGGACUGCUGUCUGCUGCUCUUCCAGAAGAAGCUGGACUCAAUUACCAUGGACCCUGAGAGACCCUGUCAUAGGCCCUCCUGGGGAGAAGCACUAAAGCUGAUGAGCGGCAGUGGUUUCUUGGCUUCACUGCAGCAGUUCCCCAAGGACAGCAUCAACGAGGAGACGCUGGAGCUGCUGCAGCCCUACUUUGAAAUGGAGGACUACACGUUUGAGUGUGCCAACAAGGUGUGUGGCAAUGUAGCCGGCCUGCUCUCCUGGACCUCCGCCAUGGCCACCUUCUUUGACAUCAACAAGGAAGUGCUGCCGCUCAAGGCUAACCUGGUUGUCCAAGAGGGUAGAAUGGUGGUGGCCAACGCUGAGCUGGCUAUUGCCCAGGCUCAGCUGGAUGAGAAACAGGCAGAGCUGGACAACGUUCGAGCCAAGUUUGAAGCUGCCAUGAAAGAGAAACAGGACUUGCUGGAUGAUGCAAAGAUGUGCAGGAAUAAAAUGGUGGCAGCGUCAGCACUCAUUGAUGGGCUUAGUGGAGAGAAAGUGCGCUGGACUGAGCAGAGCAAACUAUUUAAAUCACAGAUUAACAGACUUGUAGGGGACGUCCUCCAGCUCACUGGCUUUCUGUCUUACUGUGGACCCUUCAAUCAGAACUUCCGCAACAUACUCCUGAAGGACAUCUGGGAAGCAGAGCUGCGGAAGAGGAAAAUCCCCUUCACGGAUGACCUCAACAUUAUCUCAAUGCUCGUGGACCCACCAACUAUCAGUGAGUGGAACCUGCAGGGACUGCCAGGAGAUGACUUAUCGGUGCAGAACGGCAUUAUUGCCACCAAGGCCACAAGGUUCCCUCUCCUCAUUGACCCUCAGACCCAGGGCAAGGCAUGGAUUAAAAAGAAGGAAAAAGCCAAUGAACUGCAGGUCACAUCCCUCAACCACAAACACUUUCGUACCCACCUGGAGGACUGUCUGUCGAUGGGACGACCUCUGCUCAUCGAGGAUGUCCGAGAGGACCUUGACCCUGCACUAGACAACGUGCUAGAGAAGAACUUCAUCAAGUCUGGCUCCACCUAUAAGGUGAAAGUGGGAGACAAAGAGACAGAUGUGAUGAAUGGCUUCAAGCUUUACAUCACCACCAAGAUGCCUAAUCCGGCAUACACUCCCGAGAUCAGCGCCAAGACCUCCAUUAUAGACUUUACCGUCACCACGAAAGGUCUGGAGAACCAGCUGCUUGGUCGAGUCAUUCUCACCGAGAAAUAUGAGCUGGAGGCAGAGAGAGUAAAGCUGAUGGAGGAUGUGACGGCCAAUAAGAGGAAGAUGAAGGAGUUGGAGGACAACCUGUUGUACAAGCUCAGCUCCACCAAGGGCUCUCUGGUGGAUGACGAAUCCAUGAUCGGCAUUCUGUCGGUGACGAAGCAGACAGCCAGGGAGGUGAGCGAGAAGCUGCAAGUGGCAGCCGAGACGGAGGUAAAGAUCAACACUGCGUCUGAGGAGUACCGGCCGGCCGCCUCGCGUGGCAGCAUCCUCUACUUUCUCAUCACCGAGAUGAGCAUGGUUAAUGUCAUGUACCAGACAUCACUGGCACAGUUCCUAAAGAUCUUCGACCUCUCUAUGGCCAGGUCAGAAAAGUCUCCUGUCACUCAGAAGCGUAUCUCUAACAUCAUCGAGUACCUUACCUUUGAGGUGUUCCGUUAUACGGUCCGAGGGCUGUACGAAAACCACAAAUUCAUCUUCACACUCCUGUUGGCCCUCAAGAUCGACCUCCAGAAAACCAUUGUCAAGCCCAAUGAGUUCCAGACCCUGAUUAAAGGGGGUGCUGCUUUAGAUCUGAAGUCGAGUCCUCCCAAGCCCUUCCGUUGGAUCCUGGAUCUCACAUGGCUCAACUUAGUGGAAGUCAGUAAACUGCCACAGUUCACUGAGAUCAUGAACCAGGUUUCUCAGAAUGAGAAUGAAUGGAAGAUGUGGUUUGAUAUGGACAACCCUGAAGAUGGAGUGAUUCCUGAUGGAUACAACGACGCCUUGGACGUCUUCCAUAAACUACUACUCAUAAGAUCCUGGUGCCCUGACCGCACCUUGUCUCAGGCCAGGAAGUACAUUGGAGACUCGCUAGGCACAAGGUAUGCCGAUCCUGUCAUCCUAAACCUGGAGAUCACCUGGGAGGAGAGUGACACGCGCACCCCCCUCAUCUGCUUCCUUUCCAUGGGCUCUGAUCCCACCAGCCAGAUUGAUGCUCUGGCCAAGAAACUCAGACUAGAGUUCCGAGCCAUAUCAAUGGGCCAAGGUCAGGAGAUCCAUGCAAGGAGGCUCUUACAGACAUCAAUGACACAGGGGGGCUGGGUCCUGCUCCAGAACUGCCAUCUGGGUCUUGAGUUUAUGGAAGAGCUGCUGGACACCAUCACCACAGUGGAGACCAUGCAUAGCAGCUUCAGAGUGUGGAUCACCACCGAGCCUCACGACCGCUUCUCCAUCACCUUGUUGCAGUCCUCCAUCAAGUUCACCAACGACCCCCCGCAGGGGGUUCGGGCUGGCUUGAAGCGUACAUUUGCCACAAUCUCCCAGGAUCAGCUGGAAUUCAGCAACCUUCCCAUGUGGAAACCCAUGCUUUACAACAUAGCCUUCCUCCACACAGUUGUGCAGGAACGUCGUAAAUUCGGGCCCUUGGGUUGGAACAUCCCCUAUGAGUUUAACUCUUCUGAUUUCACAGCCAGCGUGCAGUUUGUGCAGAACCACAUGGAUGAGUGCAGCCCCAAAAAGGGUGUCUCGUGGGUCACAGUGCGGUACAUGUUAGGAGAAGUGCAGUAUGGAGGAAGGGUCACAGAUGACUAUGACAAGCGGCUGCUCAACUGUUUCUCUCGGGUGUGGUUCCACGCCAAGAUCUCUGAGCCCACGUUCUGCUUCUACACGGGCUACAAAGUGCCUGUGUGUAAAACGGUGAGGCAGUACAUGGAUUACAUCGCCACCCUGCCGGCGGUGGACACGCCUCAGGUGUUCGGCCUGCAUCCCAACGCGGACAUCACGUAUCAAACCAACACCUCUGCUGAGGUUCUGGACACCAUCACCAACAUCCAGCCCAAGGAAAGUGGAGGAGGAGCGGGUGAGACCAGAGAGUCCAUUGUCUACAGACAGGCAGAGGAAAUGCUGGAGAAGCUGCCUCCCAACUAUGUGCCUCACAAAGUCAAAGCCAGGCUGGUGAAGAUGGGUGCAUUGAAUCCCAUGAACAUUUUUCUGCGCCAAGAAGUAGACCGAAUGCAGAGGAUAAUCAGAGUGGUGCGCUCCAGUCUGAUUAACCUCAAACUAGCUAUUGACGGAACGAUUAUCAUGAGUGAGAACCUGCGUGAUGCCCUGGACAACAUGUUUGACGCGCGUAUCCCCAACAUGUGGAAAAAGAUCUCAUGGGAGUCAUCCACUCUGGGCUUCUGGUUCACUGAGCUGCUGGAGAGAAACACGCAGUUCUUCAGCUGGGUGUUUGAAGGCAGGCCCAGGACUUUCUGGAUGACCGGCUUCUUCAACCCUCAGGGGUUCCUGACAGCCAUGAGACAAGAGGUGACCAGGGCUCACAAGGGCUGGGCUCUGGACACAGUCACCCUACAUAAUGAAGUUCUGAAACAGAACAAGGAGGAGAUCACUGCCUCUCCCACAGAGGGGGUCUAUGUCUAUGGCUUGUUCCUGGACGGAGCCGGCUGGAACAGAAGAAACUGCCGUUUGGUCGAGGCCACGCCCAAAGUGUUGUUCACCCCUCUACCUGUGAUUCACAUGUUUGCCAUCAACUCUACCGCCCCCAAGGACCCCAAGCUCUACAUCUGCCCUGUCUACAAGAAGCCCAAGCGGACAGACCUCACUUACAUCACAGGGGUGGUGUUGCGCUCAAUGCAGUCACCUGAUCACUGGAUCUUACGUGGUGUCGCACUCCUCUGUGACAUCAAGUGAUAGGCAACUACUGUUGUUUCUUUUGUGUUUGUAACCUCGUUUACUUUAAGUCAAAUGUUAAAAAAAUAUAUAAUUCA